GGUCUAUAUUUCUAGGAAAAUUUCUCUCUUGACAGUUGAAAAAACAAACUGAAAUGUAUUUUAACUCGAAGGGAAAUGCUCGUUGAUAUUAGACGUUAGUUUUUUUUCAGAGUUGCUGCAACACAUACACGUUACACUGAUAAGUGGAAACCCACUACACUGAUGUUCUCACUUAAGAUUCAGUUGGUCGUUCAACCCACCACUCCAAAUGUCGAGGAACUAAUUGACGAUGAACAGGACCCAGGAUAUACAGAUGAGUGCGAGGCAAGUUCCGAGUGGCCCUUGGAGGUGAAGCUGUCAAGGACCGCGCAUCAUAUGCUCGACUACAAAAUGUACCUUGCGGCAAAGCGCAUCCAGGCACACUGGCGGCGGUAUCGCGUUCAAAAGCUACUCCGCCAACGUCUACAGGCAGUCAUUACCAUUCAGCGUUGGUGGCGUGGCUUCUGGGAGCGAAGCCAGCAUUGGCGCUAUAUCGAGCUGCAGCUGGAAGAGACAGUUGUCGACCAUUUUCACCGAGCUUCGAACACGAUCCAAGCUCUCUUCCGGGGAUGGCGCGAUCGCCGGAACGUCCACGAUGCCAGGAAACUGCACCAGAUGCAGACAGAUGCCGUUGAGGAGCUUCUUCACUCCAUGGCACUUCAGAUGCACAGUAUUAAAGCUGAGGGAUUCAUCGCUGGCGUAGAAUCUUUAAGAGACUCCAGCCUUCUCUUAAAGGUCGAUAGGCUGAUUGCCAUGUUGGCAUUCCGCUACCACAACGUGCGGGUGGUUUCCCUAGUGUCUCGCAGGAUGACGUAUGCGGAGGAGGAACGUCGACAUUUCAAAAGUUCAGAGUUUUUCUUUGAGGUGCCCUUCGCAGGGCCGAACUUUGACGAUGUGUGCGAUGCAGGCCGCACUAAGGAUAAGAAAUUAGUAAAAGCAGACAUUGACCAGCGCUUCCAAGACAUCGUAGUCGGGUACGAGAAUUUUCAGCAAAAUACCAAACUAAAAGAGCUGCUUCGCGGCAAGGAACUGAUCAAACGUCAACGACUACGAAACCAUAUCGUAGAAAAAGAACAGCUGAAAAAUAGAGAGUUCUGCGAAGACGUCGUUGAUCAUAUGAAAAAAUGGCAAAUUUGGCAGGACGUAGAGCCAUUUGAAUUUACACCGGAAAUAUUUUGUGAUGAAAAUAAUUUCGAUGGCUUUUUCAGUAGAGUGAGAUAUUUGCUCGAUAAGUAUAAUGUAUCAUGCUUUUGCAAAGUCCAAACUGACCUGGAUAUCUUACAACCUCACAAAAAUUGAAAGUAUUCAAUACGUAUCUUCAAUUAUAUAAACAUUUUUUAU